UUGUUGCGAAUCAAACAUGUAUAAUAAAUAUUAAGCAAAACUACUCAAAAUUAAAACUUAUUUAUUAGUUAAUAAGAGCGAGAGGCUAUAAUAUAAUUUAUCUUUAUUAAUGGACCAAAUUGCCGAAGUCGCUAAAACAUUGUCUCAUGAUGAUCUUCUUGAAGUUAGCAAAUCAUCUCUUCAAACUAUCUUAAAUUCUGAUUCUUUACUAUCUGAUUUACCACCGGAUAUUAUUUUAGAAGAAAUCCAAUCGCUGACAGCUGUAGAACAUGGUCAAUCCAUUACAAUAUACAUUUCGAGGGAAAAUGAACAACCAUUGAAAGUGAUUGUCCCACAAAACACUACAGUAAGAGAUCUAAAAAAGGCAAUUGCAAGACAUUUUCAGUUACAUCAAAAUCGAAUUGGUAAUAAAGUGAAAAUAUCAUGGAAAUAUAUUUGGAAAACAUAUAAUGUAAACUUUGACAGUUUGAUUCUAGAUGAUGAUAACAGUUGCAUCACUAGCUAUGGAGUUACAAAUAAGGUUACGUUAACAUUCAAGAAGAAAAGAAAAAAACCAAAAUUAUAAUUAUAUUUAUUUAUUCCUUAAAUUACAUCAUUAAUAUACCAUCUGGAUAGUAUUAAUACUAAAACAUAAUAGGCAAAUAUUGAUAAAAGAACAGCAUA